CUUCACUCUUCAGCAAUCAGUUUGACACAUAAACAAUAACAGUCUAAUUAAUAACAAACUAACAAAUACGUUCACUUUUUGCUGGAAAAGUCUGUGAUUUAAUGCUGCAGUUAACACAAUGGGCAAUCAACUAGUUUGCAUUGCGACUUCGCAAAUCUUUCCAGUGGAAUGGUAUCUAAAGGACCACAAUGACUUGAAAUUUGAGCUUAGUUUGGGCAGUACCCGAUUUCUAAAGGUGGCCAAAGCUGAGACUCAAGAGGGGCAUGUGGUGGUUAAAGUGUUUGCAAUUCGCGAUUUGACCCUCCCCUUGCAUCGAUAUCAAGAGCGCCUAGAGGAGAUCCGCAAAAAACUGUCCACCGCGGUCAACUGCACUCCGUACCAAAAGUUUAUCAUUUCGGAAAAAGCGGCGCUGAUUGUGCGGGAAUAUGUGAAGUACAGCUUGUACGAUCGUAUCAGCACUCGCCCCUUUUUAACUGACAUUGAGAAAAGGUGGAUAACUUUCCAAAUCCUCUAUGCUCUGCAUCAGUGCCAUAAAGUGGGCGUGUGCCACGGGGAUAUUAAGUUGGAGAACAUCACAGUGACCUCCUGGAAUUGGGUGAUGCUGGUGGAUUUUGCCUCAUUUAAGCCCACAUUUUUGCCCAUUGACAACCCUGGGCAUUAUUCCUACUUCUUUGACACGUCGAGGCGCCGAACCUGCUACAUUGCCCCUGAAAGAUUCUCAACUUCCACCAACUUGAGCAGCAACGAUACCACCGCUCUGAUUCCUGAAGUGAUUUACGAUUCCAGCGAACUCACGCCUGCAAUGGAUAUAUUUUCUGCAGGAUGUGCUUUGCUGGAGCUCUGGAACGAACUUCAGGUGCCCUUUGACUAUUCCCAACUGCUAGCUUAUCGGGCUGGCAAGUACUCACCUGAAAAGCACCUGGAAAAACUGGAAGACCCCAACUUAAGAAGCCUGAUAUCGAGCAUGAUUAAUCGAGACCCAGCAACGCGGCUUUCAGCGGAAAAGUACCUGGACCAGCAGCGCGGCACGCUGUUCCCUGAAUAUUUCUACAGCUUCCUUCAGUCGUAUAUGCUGAUUUUCUCGUCCAACCCGAUUAUGUCCCCGGACGAGAAAGUAGCCCGAUUGAAAAGCGACAUUGCCAAUAUUUUCAAGUUUCUAGGCCCCGUUAAAACAUCCCCUAUUGAAGAGCCAGAGGAUGAGGAAUCAGAGGAGGAAUCGGAAAGUGACGAUCAGAGCGAGCAACGAGGCGAAUGUGAGGGCUUGGUGAUUAUCACGUCUCUGGUAACAUCCUGCAUUAGGGGCUUGCAUGAAUGCUCGUCCAAGUUGUUCGGCUUGGAAAUAUUGCUCGAGCUGGCAUUCCAUGCCAGCGAUGAAACUAUUCUCGAUAGAAUCCUGCCUUGUCUGGUGUUUCUGGCCCACGACAGCAACUCCCGAGUGAAAAUAUUUGCAAUAAACACCAUAACCAAGUGCCUGAACUUGGUGCAAAAGCUGCCGAAAUCGGACGCCAAUAUAUUUCCUGAAUACAUUCUGCCUGAGCUUGCUCAAUUGGCUACGGAUCCUAAUGCGUGCGUUAGAGCGGCUUGCGCCAAGAACAUUAACACUUUGGCAGAGAUUUCUUUAAGAUACCUGGACCAGAUCCAAAAUAUUUGGUACGGAGAUGAAAGCUCAAACAAAACCGAUGAAAAGCACCCGUUUAACUAUGAGCAGGAGCUUCAGGCGUUGCAUGAAAUGGUGCAGCAAACAGUGAGCGCUUUGCUGACGGAUUCGCACAGCAUAGUGAAACAGGCUUUGGUCAAUAAUGGCAUUAACAAGCUGUGUGUGUUCUUCGGGAAGGCUAAAGCUAGUGACGUUAUUUUUUCGCACAUGAUAACGUUUCUGGACGACAAAGAGGACACAGAGCUUAGAAAGUCCUUUUUCGACUGCAUUGUCGGAGUGACUUCCUACAUCGGCUGGCACUGCUCCAGCAUGAUAACUCCAUUGCUCUUGCAGGGCCUGACUGAUAGUUCGGAGUUUGUGACUAGAAAGGCGAUUUUAGCCAUGGCCGCUUUAGCCGAACUCAAUCUGCUAACUACUCCCUCUCUGUGUGAGCUCAUAACGGAAAGCUGCACCUUUCUGGUGCAUCCCAAUCUGUGGAUUAGAGAGGCUCUAUGUGGCUUCAUUGCCAAGGCAGGCCAGAGGCUCAGCAUUUUGGACGUCCAGUGCAAGAUCAUGCCGCACUUGUUGCCUUACUUGCAGUACAAAUUAAUGCAAAUUGAUAAACCCGAGAUUUUAAUGGAUGCUCUGCUUCCGCCCAUCCCUAGAGCUGUUUACGAUCAGUUGGUCAACUACAAAGACAUCGAUCAGCUAUUGAGCGUUUUGGAGGAACGGAAGCUUUCAAGGAACUUCACUAGACGAAGCACCAUUAUGAAUUACGAUCCCCAUAGAAAGCUGGACUCCAGUUCGAAAACGUUUUUCGCACGGUUUGAGUCCAAUGAGCUCAGUGAACAAGUGGAGGAUCAUAUUUUGAAAAUGGGGAACCACCUGAAGAAGAUCAACAAGCCGAAACUGACUGCGGAGCCUCGCAUCCACAGCGAUGGGCAAAUUGAUCUUGAUGGCUUUACCAGCAUUAUCAAGCGGAAGGAGUUUCAUUUCAGUGACCAUCACAAGAUCGAAUACAUCAGGAGCGGAUUGCAUAGAACAAACACGCUGGGUUCGAUCGAUACGAACAUUCAUUCGGAUUGGAACUGCAGCUCUGAGCUGUUGACGCGCCAAUCGGAGUCGACGAAUAGCGGAGGACAGUCGUCUCGCUCGACCAACAGUCGCCCAUCGUCGCCCCCGCCUGAUGUGCACAUGACUCAGUUCAUCAGCACUACCACUGAAGCCUCCAGUCUGCACGAGAAAAGUUUCAUUCAAUAUAGGCGAUCUACGUGCUACGUGGAACUCAACAAGCUGAAGAAUAUGCAGCUGGAGCAGUAUUAUGAGGCGCUAAAAUUGCGUCCAGCUGAGCACGACAGCGCAACGUGGAAGCCCCAACUGCCGCCGCCUGGAUGGCACCCGAAAGGCGUUCUGGUGGCCCAUUUGCACGAGCAUAAGAGCGCUGUUAAUACGCUACGCGCCUUUCCAGACUCCCCCUACUUUGCCAGCAGUUCAACCGAUGGGACGAUCAGGUUGUGGGAUUGUUCCACCUUUGAGUCCGGCAGCUUUGCCAACAGAUCGAAGCAGCAGUUCAGGUUUCCAAAUUCCUGCCCGAUUACGGGAAUGGAUGUUUGCGACAACGGCCAAUCACUGGCCGCCUCCUGCCAGAAUGGAUGGGUUGGGAUUUUAAGAGUGGAUCCUGCUAGCUCCAAAAUGAACGUUAUUCAGUCGCGGCACUUGGAUCCCUUUGAGGAUGGUUUGGCGGUGGAUCUGCACUGUUUGGACCCUGGAACUCAGAGCAUUGUGGUCUACGCCACACUGUAUGGGGAUUUGGUGGCUUGGGACCUGCGGCAGCCCGAUCUGGCUUGGAGGCUGCCAAACGGCGUCAGACAAGGAGUUAUCACCACGUUCUGCAUCAAUCAGCACGAUAGUUGGCUGGCGUUAGGCACUAGUGAUGGUGUCCACACUUUGUGGGAUCUGCGGUUUCGACUACCCAGCACUACGUUCACUAUGCCCUUCAGUGGCCAAGCGGUGCGCAUCAGGAAGGUGAUCCCGCACCCCACCGAGCAUUCAUGGCUGAUUUCCAGCGUGCAGGGAAACAAUGAAAUUUCCAUGUGGAACCUGGAAAGCGCCUCGAGGCAGACGGUUUUAUGGGGCAGCACCACGCCGCCUCUUUCCAAAUUGAACCAAGGCAAUCAGAACGCAAACCAUAGCAUUUGCGCUAUUCAAGCGGGCUGUGUCGAUGGGUCGCCCUUUUUGCUGUCCGGCGGAACGGAUCAAAGGCUACGCUUUUGGAACCUGGAAAGUCCUUCUGAGAGUUAUUUAGUUCUGCCGGCCGCCUGCGAUGCUCCUACUACUACUAUAAUGUACCGUAGCAGGUUGAUUGAUGGUUCAAACGUGAUCUACGAAGAAACCUCCAACGUGCCCCCCAGAGAAGUGCCCCUGAGGGACGUGCCGGAAGAGUCGCCCCGAGCGGGGCCCGAGCCCCCUGCAGCCGGACACAAGGACUGCAUCUCGGACAUUAUUCUCUGUAAAGCCAACCAGUGCUUUACAGUGACUGCGUCCAUGGACGGUGUUAUUAAGGUGUCUAAAUAGGUUCGGUGUUAGGUAACUACAUAUGUAAGUUCCAGAA